CCAACCAGCGACAACCAUCUCUCCCGCGGCCGUUCCAUCAAUCCAUCAUCUCGACAUCUCCAGCUCUCCACCUCUCCAAAAAAUCUCCAUUCCUCGUCGCCAUCGAUCGCCUGCAACUGCAGGGCUCCCGUUCCAUUCCAGGAGCUACUUCCAGGAGCUGCACGAGGAGGAAGGAUGGAGGUGGACCUGUCGCGCGGGGCCGUUGCGGCGAUGUCGCGCCACCAGCUGGCGGAGGGGCUGCGCCCGGUGCUGCAGGUGGCGGACGGGCCGGCGCCGCGGCUCGUCGGCUCCUCCGCGGCGGCGGCGAGGUACCGCCUCGUCCUCUCCGACGGCGCGCACCUGCAGCGGGGCCUGCUCGCCACCUCCCUCAACGGCCUCGUUGCCGACGGCGCGCUCCGCCGCGGCAGCGUCGUCCGCGUCCUCGACUACGUCUGCAGCUGCAUCCAGAACCAGAGGGUCAUUGUUGUUAUCCAACUUGAGAUACUUCAAGCUGAGUGUACACUGAUCGGCAGUCCAACAAUAUAUGAGGCCAAUGCAACUCAACUUAAUGGUGUAUCCUGUUCUGGUAACCUAGGAAACGAGCCUUGCUUGAUUCACGGGGCUCAGGCUCAGCAAGCUGGCUGAGCAGUACUUUGAUCUAAUUGAGGU